UUAGAUUAGCGUCGAAAACAAAUUAAAAACAAAAACGAGCACUAAUUAACACUUAAAUAUUUACAAAAUGGACGUAAUGAGUUCAUGUCGUUGUUGCCUGCGGUGCCCCGCUGACAAGGACCUCACUACACCGUACACGCACCUCGGCAAGACGGAGAUAUACGCCGAUAUGCUCAGAGAAUGCUUCGAUUUACAUUUGUGGGUGAGCUCGUCCAUCUUCAGCGGGAUCUGUUCGGGCUGCGUGGGCCGCCUGCGAGACGCCAGCGACUUCAAGUUGCAAGUGCAGCUCAGCCAGGUGGAGCUGCUGGCACAGCUGCAGGGCUCCAGGUUUAAAGCGGAAGAGCCCGAAAUGAUAGUAGAGAUGCUGGAAGAAGACAUAUUGGAGGAUGACAUACUGCCCUCAAUGAGCAAGCAGGAGUCAUCACCGAAGGCGUCAGCCUCCUCGGUGCAGCUGAAGCGCGUGCGCCGCAAGCGCGUCCCCCGCCUCCCGCCCGACUUCACCGCGCGACCCUACCAAUGCCACGACUGCGGCAGCCGCUUCCAUUUCAAGAAGGAAAUAAGCCGACACAUACAACAUAACUGCUACGAAGGCCCUUUAGCUUUCAAGAACAGAAAUUUAAAACGGUACAGCUGCAAGCACUGCCCUUAUACGAGCAGAAACAAACGCAAUCUACACUUUCACGAGUUGAGGCAUAGAGGAGAGAAACCCUACCGGUGCGACAGCUGCACCUACAAAACGACUCGGAAAGGGGACUUCGAGAGGCAUUGGAGCAUACACACUGGCGAUAAACCUUUUAAGUGUAACUUAUGCGAUUACAAGUUCAUUCAGAAACAUUCGUUGUCGAUUCACAUGAGGAGACAUACUGGGGAGAAACCCUACACGUGUAACCAGUGUAACAGACAGUUCGCUCAGUUACAGUGCUUGCGGAAACAUAGAGGAUGGCACCAGAAAAAGCCCAAUCAAAUCUCUCCGCGAUUACGUAUCACGGGAAAGAUAAAAAAUCUUGUUAAGUUCUAAGUCUUAUUCUUCGAAAUAUGGUUCCGUACCUUUCAUAUGUGUGUGGUGGUCAAAAAGAAAACCAUUCUCGAAAAUAUACAAAAAUACGGCUAAAAAUUAGGAUCCUUAUCAUACAAGAGUUUAAGUGGUAACUCUGAUCCUCAAAAAGCUGACAUUGGACAAGCUUAUAAUCACAAAACAUAUGUAUUUUAUUUUAGCUAUUAAAGUAUGGGACCAGAUUAGUAUACACAGUAGCAAAAAAAGUACACCUACAAGUACCUAAGUGUAUUAGACAUGCGUAUAGUCUAUUGUUUAACUAUAAAUUAUUACGCCAUGGUUUUUUAUACAAACAAAUAACGUUUCAUACUAUUUCCUAUGGGCAGUACUUCAUAGUUGAAAAAAAAAUAGUGUGUAUAAUAAUUUGAUGGAUAUGACUGUCCAAAAGUUUUCGUUAUUAAUUAUUUAAGUGUUAUC